UUUUAGCAUGGAGAACGUGCGUGCUUAUGGUGCCGGACUAGCUGGCGCCAAUUUCGACAAGAACACAUUUUUCAAAAAACCAACGGUUUUGUUCAGGUGUGCUGCAUUGCUCUUCGGGCUCAUACUUUGGUACUCGGUGUCAAAAGGUGGUUGGCACAAACCAAGCGACGCCAUUCAUCCGGUGUGCCUUUAUGGAAGGAGCUCGUCAACAUGCUCGUUCGCCACCGCCGUUGGCUUUUUUGCCGUCUGUGGAGCCAUUGUUCUAAUUGUUCUUGACGCCAAGAUGGACCAAAUCAGUUCGGUGCCAACAAGAAGGAGAGCUGUCCUAGCAGAUUUAGUUGUAUCGGCAAUUUUCACUGCCAUAUUUUUGAUCGGUUUUUUCACAUUCUGGUCCAAAUUAUCCGCCUUCGAAGUCGACGAAGACGACGAAAAUCCAAUAAAGACUAACAACGCGAAAUUCGGAAUUCUCAGUGCUCUUCUCUCCUUUUUGGCUUGGGGAGGUGCCGCAUUUUUCGCAUGGCGUCGUUACGAAGAAGGAAAUCAAGCAACUCAUGAGCCCAAUUACGAUGAACAUUUUGGACAAGUGUCGACAGACGUGCAAGAUGGUUAUGGAUACGGAGGAGACUCAACCGGAAUCGGACAUGUUGGCGCACCUCCACCUCAAUCCUCAUACCAAUCUGGUGCUGCACCACAAACCAUGCAACAACCACCAUCAAACCCAUACACUCAGUCGGAAGGAUAUGGUUAUUAGUUUUUUAGCCAAACAAAAAAAAACACAUACAAAUGGACCUGAGCACUUGUAGAUCUCGUAGAUCUUUUUAAUUCCAAUUUAAUUUAUUUCUAAUUUAAUUUUAAUAUAUCUUUGAAACGUAGACAGGAAACUAAUAUGCAAUAAUAUGAAAGAUCUCAAUCCAUCAGUUUUUCUCGAAAAAAUUCACGAUUGUUUUGUUCGUUGAUAUAACUUAAUAAAUAGGAACUCUGAAAUUUCAUAAUAUCGGUUUUCUCGUGAAUAAACUUAUUCGUAUU